AUGUCUUUGCCUCCAAGUAAUCCCUUUUCGGAGGCCCCGCGCAACCCAGAGGGGGCCCCCAGCAGCAGCAACCGCCAGCCGUACCCCCCCGUCUUAGGGGCCCCCGGACACCCUGGGGGGCCCCCCAGCUGCGCCCCAGCCCCUCUUCAAGGUCCAGGGGCCCUCAGUGCUGCUGCCUCAGCCUCAGGGCAUCUGCAGCCCUUCAUUGAUACAGGCGAGAGGGUGCUGCUGCAGUGGGGUGUACCAACAGCAGCAGGUGGCGUUGCUGCUCCUGCCUGGGGCUCCAGCCCUGCACUGCAGCAGAAGCAGCAGCAAACUGAACCCUUCUUCCCCGCAGCCUCUGCCCCCAAGGACCCCGAGGCCCCAUUCGGGGGCCCCCUCGUGCAGGGGCCCCUGGCAGCAAACACAGAAGGGCCCCCUGCACCUGGGGGCCCUACUGUUUUGCCUGCUGAAGGAGAUCAGUGGGGGCCCCCUGUGCCUCAGCACCCUUGGGUGGGGGGGCCCCCUUCUUCUGCAGCAGCAGCAGCAGCAGCAGGAGCAGCCACUGCUGCACAACCGACGGUCCCUUCGGCGGACGUCGCUUCCCAGCAGCCACAGCAGCAGCAGCUCCCGCAGCAGCAGCUUCUCCAGCAGCAGCAGCAGCAGCAGAGCCGGCAGCAGCAUGCGCUUCUGGGGGGAGAAGGUGUACACGGGGGCCCCCCUGGGGGCCCCCCCUCGGGCGUGGAGUUUGCAGCAGCAGAAGGAAAGUGGCAGGGGCGGUGGGCCCAGGGGCCCCCAACUCGCUCGCAGCCGCCAGCGUGCGUUUCUUCUUCUUUAGGGUUUGAGGGGGCCCCCCCUCUAGCUGAGGGCCCCGUCUUUAGUCAGGAGGGGCCCCUCAACCCCGCAGCAGCCCCUGCAGAUUUCUUUCGCCCUCUCGCAAACGACAUGCCUCCCCAUACAAAUAACUAUGCCCCCUAUCAGCUACGCCCAGAAGGGGCCCCCACCCUCCAGUUAAGACACACGGGGCCCCCUACCUUUGUGCAGCGUACAGAAGACCCAGCGUUUGCGGGGGCCCCGGAGGAGCAGCGAGCAGCAAAAGAGACAACUGACGGCCUCCACGGAGAGGGGCCUCAACCCCAGUGGGCAUUAGGGCCCCCCGCGGUUUUAGGGGCCCCUGGGGCUGUCGGGGCCCCUGGGGUAUUAGGGGGCCCUGGGGCUUUAGGGGCCCCCAGCUCCGGAAGGCACACUGGGGAGGCUGGGGCCGCCCCCACGCUAGACUGCGGGCCCCCACCGAAUGGGCCCCUGAGGGUUGCUGCUGCAGCACAGCCGCCUCAGCAGCAGCAGCAGCAGGAGUUGCAGCACCUGUCAGAGACAGUGGGGGUGGCUGGCAUGGGGGCGCUCCAGCGGAAGGGGGGCCCCUCAACUGUUAGCGAGAGGCAGCAGCAAGGAGACCCGGGGCUGUGCAGGGGCCUCAACUCAAGCAGCGGGGCCCCUGCGGGCCCCUGGGUUGGCCUGCCAGGGGUACAAAGUGUUGUAGGGGGGCCCCAUCCUGUUGGGGCCCCCGUCUCGGGGCCCCCCUACAUGGGGGGCCCCUCCCCACCGUUUCUGAGGGGCCCCAACAGUGUCACUGCCCCACAGCCGUUGCUGCGAGGGGCCCCGCGUUCUUCACCUUCUCCGUUGGGGCCCCCCCCUCAGGGGCCCCCGCCAGACAGCUUGCUGUCUGCUGUUGCUUCUCGACAGUACGCGCUGCUAGCAGUAAGGGCUUUUCUGCUGGCUUGUGAGGAGCCUGCGGCGCCCCCAUGGAAGCAGAUUGCUGCUUGGGGGCCCUGGCUGUCAGGGCAGCAGCAGGGGGCCACCCACCUGGGGCUCCAGGGGCCCCGCCGGCGGGGGGGGGCCCCCCAGCCAGCGGGCAGCGCAGUGCUCACAGAAUCCGAGGAGCAGGGGGCCCCAGCAGCAGAAGAGGGGGCCCCAGGAGGGCCCCCUGAGAAGGGGCCCCAGGAGGCGCAGGAGGAGCCCAGCCCUGCUGCAGCAAACAAAUCCCCAGCAGCAGAUGAGGGCCCCCUCAAACCCGAUCGCAAAAAGAAAAGGACAGGGGCCCCCCAAGGGGGCCCCCCAUCUAAAAAGGCAACGAAGACCCAACGAGCUGCUGCAGGAGAAGGCAGUCUCGUGGCUUGCGACGGUGAGCUUCCACUGCAGCAGCAACAGCAGCAACAGGAGCAGCAGCAGCAGCAUGAGCAGCAGCAACAGCAGCAGGAAGAUCUGUUCUUGGGUUGUAUUGACAACUUAUGGGGGCUUGGGGGCGAGUUGCUGCUGCCUUGCAGCUCUUCUUCAUUACCUCUUUCAGCAGUGCAGCAAGCAGAUUUAUGCUUAGACUUGUUAACAGCUUUAGGGCGUCUGCGCCCGCAGUGGAGGGCCCGCAGCAACAGAGUUCCUUAUCAGCUGCACGUUAUUCGGUUGAGGCCCUCUUUGCUGCAGCCUGCAGCAGCCCCACCGAGCUCUGUCUUAGAUGCCUAUACAGCUGCUUUGGGGCCCCUUGUGGCUCAUAUUGGUGAACUGCCGUACGUACACCUCGCCCCAGGAGAAGCAGAAGAAGUUGUUGAGGAGAUUCAGAUCCUUAGGGGGCCCCCUGCUAUUGAUGCUGUGCUGCGGGCCCUAGACGCUUUGGGGCCCCCCUGGGGCCCCCAAGGCAGCCAACCUGAGGCAGACUCUGAAGCAAUCGAAGCAGAGGCAAUGAGGGAUAUGGGGGACCCCCGGCAGCAGGUGCUGUUGCAGCAGCAGCUGCAGCAGCAACAGCAACAGCAGCAACAGCAGCAAGCGCAGCGGCUCCAGCAGCAACAGCAGCAGCAACUGCUGCUGCUGCAGCAACAGCAGCAGCAGCAGGGAGAGGCUUCUCGAGGGGCGGAGGCGCCAGCAGAUGGCCAUAGAAGCCCUGCAGAGACAGAAGUGCUGCUAGCUUACAACCCUGAUUUAAAGGUGCUGCGGCAGCUGAAUUACCUUGUACAUGGAACUAGGGUGUACGUACACCAGGAUGUUCUAGAUGCAAAGCUUGCUGAGAUGGGGCUUCCUCCCUUACCUCCACCUGCUGCUGGGGGCCCCGAUGGGGGCCCCUCUUCUUCUCGGGGCCCCUUAUCUCGCUUUGUUAUGGCGGAGGCUGGUGAUAGGCACUUCGUCUGUCCCUACGGGGAGUAUCUGCCUCUGAAGCCUCUGGGGGCCCCCCAGCAGGUGCUGCAGUUUUCUGUUGGCCACGUAGUGGAGCUGCUGCAGGAGGGGCGUCUGUGUUUGCUGCGGUUUACUGAGAGGGAGGCUUUAAAGCGGCGGCUUCCUUUGUUAGGGGGCCCCCAGGGGCCCCCUAACGAUGCAGGUGGAGGGGUUGGGGGCCCUGGAGGUAGCGGAGGACCUUAUAAACAACAGAGAGGCAGCAAACCUGCUUGCUGUCCAGCUCCUGUUGGUAUAGAGAAGAUAUGUCGUUGUAAGUGCAACCAUAGACGGCAAGAGCUGUGUAUACAGCUGAAGCAAAGGCUACGGGCAGAUAAGAAAGGAUGUUUAGCAGCAAUAAAAGAAUAUCUGGACCUCAACCAUGUUGCUUAUGCAUUGCCGUCUGCUCGUACAUGUCAGCUAGAAGUACUUUCUUAUCUAUUUGGCGUAAACCCUUGGUUAUACGCAAAAAAUAAACACGAGGCCCCACCCGAGGCAGAGGUGGCGGUGAUAGUACGGCGCUAUAAAGAGUUGGUGAAUACAAAGGAGUACGAGCAGACCUUUAAAGCCUGGAUUGAAGAACAAGCACGAGAAAAAUCGCUGCAACAGGAGAUAACUGCAGACAUUACAGCAAUUGGCCUUAACUUAAAGGACCCAGAAGGUGGUGGAUGUCUUGCUGCAGCUGUACAUACACCUCAACAAGACCCUAGAGUACAAGCCAGCAUAGCUCAGCUCGUUCCUAAUACCCCUAUUUGUGUUCGUUUUAAAGCACUCUUGGGGCUUCCAUCGGGUAAUGAACAGCACCUUAGAGGCGUUGUACGCCGCAUUCAAACACUGCCGAGGGGCCGAGCUAUUAGCCUCUCUAUAAACAACAGAAAAGAAGAGUUCGUGUUGCUUCCUGAAGAGCUUCAAACCCUUGUAGCACAUGAUGAUCUUAGGCUUGUACGCAUGCGCUCCCGCCAGUGGUUCGCCUAUGAGGCCCACGCUGCGGGGGGCCCCUCAGCAGCAGGGUCUACUGGGGGGCCCCCAGGGGCUGGGGGGGGCCCCCCAUCAGACACCAACUGGGGACCCUCUACACAGGAAGACAGCUGGAAGGGAGGAGACACGCAGCCUUAA